AUGAGAUUGUUGACAGAGGAAGAGCAACGUAGGUUGACCGAUUUAAUUAUGUCUUGGGUCAAUUCAGCAACACCAAUCCCAAGAUCCUUCUUUUUUAUCUUAGAUGCUCUAAGUCAAGAUACUUUUUUGCCCGCAGCAUUAGUUGGUGUUUCUAUCAAUUUCAAAUCUCGACUCAAAGUAAAAGUGGUUUGUUUUGAUAAUGAAUUAAACCAGGUUACAGAAAAUGAUUUUGAAACUAUUCAUGUCGUUUUAAUUAAAAAAAAAAAGAUAGGUGAAGGAUGGACUAGAACAUGUGAUAAUCCAGCAGUACCACUCUGGGAAAUAUCUGGGAAUGGAAAGGUUACGGAUAGAGGUAUGUCUGUCUCUUAUUGUGUAAACAAAAGAGAAAAGGAUAUGGUUUUUGACUAUGUUGCUAGCAUGAGAGAGCUGACAACUCCGCACCUGUUCCCAGAGAAAGUAACAGUUUCAGAUAGAGUCGAGAAACUUAAAUCCUCAACCAGCGCCAAGUCAAAGAGUCAACAAGACCUGAAGAUGACCCAUUAUGAAAUGGAUUUCUUCAAAAAAGAAAAAAAACCAAAGGCAUCAAGAACUCGUUCAACAAGAUCAAACUCUCCAUCUACAAACAUCUCAGAUUAUGUACAUCAAUAUUCAUAUUAUAAACCUGGUGAGACUACCGCUAUGAAUAUUCCUACUUCUCCAAAUUCUCAAACAGAUACUACACCUAAAAGAAAAAGAAAAUCUACUCAAGAAAUCAACACCAAUGAGAAUACUGAAUCUGGUGAGACGUUGUCUCCUCCAACAGGCACAACUACAACAACCACGACAACAACAACCAACACUAUGUAUAAUACCGAAGAAAAUCAACAAAAUGAAAAUAAAAAUAAAAAAAAUAAAAAAAGAAAAUCAUAG